GUAACAAACAUUAUGUGCAGGCUUAGGUGCUUUGUAUAAGAUUUAUGAGAUCGUAUAGUGGAUAUAAUAAGUAGCGCUAGCCUUGCUGACUGGCGCAGCGGCGGAUUUCGGCAGCGUCGUCUCAUACUUGGAGUGACAUCGAAUCGUCACUAAGCAUUUCGCCCCGCCGUCUGGCCGUUGACUCCUUCCACUUCUUCCUUUCCCAAACCUUCCGGGGUCCGUCCAGUCUGGACCCCUCUAAUUGCGAAUUGCCAGCCAACUGUCAAUCGAAAUAAACACUUUUUAUCGUAAAAGAGAGAAUCUUUGGAUUCUACUCACUAAAAAUAGAGCAAUCUAUUUCAAGUUUAUUAAUUAUUUUAUCUCUCUUUAUUUUUCUUUCCUUCUUUUUCCCCUUCUUCACUGGCGGCAUAAGUUAGGCAAGUCAUUUUUUUGCAUGACGUCGGCAGACGUCUUGUCAACUUGCAGCUUUUGUUGCGCCGUGUUUUCUCUCAAACCUCGAUAAGACGUGUUCGGCCUCAACAGCCAUCGGCAGCAUCAUGAGCUCUAGCUCGUCAAACUUGGGAGGCAAAUCCCUUUCUUCUCCGACGCUCUACACCCCUAACUCCCAACCCAUCUCGGUCCCCGCGCCCAGCUUCGAAACCAAUUCUCGACGUUCCGGUCUGUCGACUCCGUCGUUCCCGAAUUCCGCUCCGAGAAAAGGACAAGGUUCGAGGAAACAGCACCGGAACCUGCGAAGGCCGCCGGAUGAAGAUGAUGCCAUGGCAGAGAUGAGAGCUGUUCGAAAUACUUCAAGCCGACGCGGCCAAACUUCCAUCACCCAUCUCCUGAAUUACUCCGUCCCGACGCGUAGCCAUCACGAAUAUCCUAGAUCGAAUCGCAGACAUGCUACCUGGGGCACCGGUUCCGGCUACCAUGCUGUUGAUAAGGCGAGGUUUGUUCACGCCAAUUAUCGCUUCGUAGUCUCCCCUACCGGAGACUAUUCCUCCCAGGCCGUGGAUGCCGAUAAGUAUCUCGACUGGUCGGACGUGUUGCAAAUCAUAGCUUCCGCCGAAUCUCAAUCUACAUCAUGUCCGAUCUGUCUGUCGGAUCCCGUAGCCCCUCGCAUGGCGCGCUGCGGUCACAUAUUCUGCCUACCGUGUCUAUUGCGAUUCAUGAAUUCGAGUAGCGAUGACGAGCCGAGUCCCCGGAAAGAAGCGAAAUGGAAGAAAUGCCCCAUAUGCGAGGACUCGUUCCGCCUUUCCGAAGUCAAGCCUGUACGCUUCUAUGCCGGCCAGGAGAAUCCUCUACCGAGACCAGGGGAAGAUGUCGUGCUAAGAUUGAUGGUACGAGAUGCGGGUUCUACUUUGGCCCUGCCAAACGAAGGAGGCCAGGAUGCUAUUAAUUUGGACGAAGAAAUCCCAUGGCACUUUGCGGCAAACGUUAUCGAUUACGCCAGGGUGAUGAAAGGAACUAAUGACUACGUGUUAGGGCAGUUUGAAAGAGAAAGAAACGAUUUACGGGACCAGGCGCUGGCGGACGAGAUGCAGUUUGGCCAAGAAGACGGAGGUUGGACGCAACGAGCUAUUAAAGCCAUCAACACCGCAGCAGACAAGUUUCGUGAUGAACUGAGGGGAGAAUCGUUACAACAGGUAGGUAAUACCUCAAAGGCGAAACAACCAGCCAGCCAGAAAUUUUAUUUCUACACAGCGCCUCCGCACCUGUAUCUAUCGCCUCUCGAUAUUCGGAUUUUAAAGACCAAAUUUGGGGAUUUCUCAAACUUCCCCUCGACACUACUUCCGCGUGUCGACCAUAUAACUACAGGCCAUGUGGUAGAUGACAACCUAAGAAAGCGGGCCAAGUACCUGGGACAUCUUCCUCACGGCUGUGUUGUAAGCUUCCUAGAGUGCGAUUGGACGGAUAUAGUGCCUGCAGACAUUCUUGAGACGUUUUCCGACGAUCUAGAGCGUCGGCGUAAGGCACAUCGGGACAAGGCAGCACAAGAGGAACGCGAAAGGUUACAGGCAGAACGUCUAGAGGCGUCUGCUAUUGGGCGUAGUGCCAGGCGGCACUUUGAUCAAGCCAACCAGGAUAAGUUCGAACCUGCUCCUACUAUGAACUCGGAGGACUUCCAGCCACUUGGCGCUGCGGAGGGCACAUCCCCACCAAAUCCCCGACCGGGUUUCAGCCAGCUCGCAGACAUGUCGACCAGCCCAUCGACAUCGAAGACAGUUUGGGGAACCCCAGCGAUUCCCGUUUCACCUCAGUUAGGACCCUUGCCAGAGCGCGAAAUCAAUGACGGCUGGUUGAGAGACGAUGAGCUUCUUGACGCCGCUGAGAUAGCAAUGCAGAUGGAAGCACUGAGCAUCGAACCAACGGGUGCCGGACCAAGCAAUGGGCCUACCGGGGGCUCCGGCGGCAAGAAAAAGAAGCAGAAGAAGAUUACAUUGAUGAGUACGAGCGGCCGUCGCGGCGGCUAGCCGUUUGGUACCGAUUUUAAUGGAACUGCCUGCUUUUUUAUUAUUAUCAUUGUUCUUUAGCCGGAUUUGGGAGCGAAGGGGAAUCAUAUGCGGGAGUAUUCUUUCUCUAAACCUGUUCCUACAUACGUUCCAUAUUACACCGACCUCGCUUUAUUUAUUCCAAAGGAAGGUGAGGAGCGAGGCGGUGUCGGCUGUGACCGAAGACCGAAGAUUUAAGACUUAUAAGCAUGGGAGGCCGAAGCGGCUUAACUUUACUAACUAUACUCAAUAUGACUUCGUGAGGCAUUGUGAUUUGUAGUAGCAAGUAUAUAAUGUGGCGCGUAUGAGUAUGACACCUAGUAAUUUAUACUAAUGGAGGAUACUAUAUUAUUAACAAGUACCUGAACUUUGAGUUGAAUGACAUGUUGAGGCAGUUAACUGUGAGUUAACUCACUGAAUUUUACUUAAAGGUACCUACCUAUAGUCCUAACAGUGACAGGAGAUAUGAUAUGAUAACAGGUGUCAACACUUUCUUAUCUAUUAUAAACUACCCCUUUGACCC